AUGACAUAUACAGCAGAACAAUUAGAAAGACAAUUUAGAAACCUCGGCGGUAACCACAGUUUAAAAGAAGAUUGCCAAACGCUAACCGGCUCUUUUAACAAAUUAGAAAGUUUAAGAGAAAUCAAAGAAGAAUUAAAAAAAUGCACUAAUAAAAGCGAGUAUGAUGCUAAAAAAGGCAACUAUAUUAGAAAAUGCGAAGAGUCUUUAAGAGGUUUGCAAGAAAAGAGUGCUUCUAGUUCUAUGUUUGGUGAUGAUGGUAAAAAGUUAAAAGCAAAUGUGAAAAAGCAACAGGAACUCUCUAACAAGUUUAAUUUUGACCCCAACAAGAGAAUUGAUGAUUUAAUAGAAUCAAUAAAGCAAGCAAUUGAAAAUAAUAGAGGAAGUGGUUCAGGAGGAAGUGGUAGUGGAAGAAACAGAAAUAAAAAAAAUGAUAACGAUGGGGAUGAUGAAGAUGACAACGGUUCCAAUAAUACAGGAGGCGAUGGCUCAGAUCCAGAUUCUAGAAAAAAUGAUAAAAAAGAAAAUCCGCUUCAAGGCAAUCAACGACUAAUUAUCUUUGGUAGUGUUGCUCUAGGCUUAUUACUGAUUGCUUUAACUACUUUGCUUAUAGUCUCUAUUUACUAUCUAACUAAAAAAGAGCAUCCUGAACCAAGGGAACUUACAGAUGCUGAACGUAAAAGAAUAGAAACCAUUGCGGAAGAAAGAAUUCUCAAAAGAGCCGAAUUUUUAAGAAGAUUACGAGAAUAA